AACAGGGCCUUGAAUGCCAAGGUAGUGAGUUAGGAUUUUAAGUGGGAGGAAAAAAAGUGACCUUGGCCUCCUCUCUCCUAGGUCUCAGCCCAGAGGGUACCUUCCGCAAAGAUGUCUGUGGAUCCCUUAUCCAGCAAAGCCCUGAAGAUCAAGCGCGAGCUGAGCGAGAACACGCCGCACCUGUCGGACGAGGCGCUGAUGGGGCUGUCGGUGCGCGAGCUGAACCGGCACCUGCGCGGGCUCUCGGCCGAGGAGGUGACGCGGCUCAAGCAGCGGCGCCGCACGCUCAAGAACCGCGGCUACGCGGCCAGCUGCCGCGUGAAGCGCGUGUGCCAGAAGGAGGAGCUGCAGAAGCAGAAGUCGGAGCUGGAGCGCGAGGUGGACAAGCUGGCGCGCGAGAACGCCGCCAUGCGCCUGGAGCUCGACGCGCUGCGCGGCAAGUGCGAGGCCCUGCAGGGCUUCGCGCGCUCCGCUGCUGCAGCCCAAACCCAAGUGCUGUCUGGGGACGGGGCGCUCUGCCUGCACAAACAAGCAGUGUCCAUCAAGAGACUUCCUAAGACAGUGGCCGAUAACCGUGUCCUCUGGGAGCUCGUGUGA